UGCGGCACAACUAAUUACAAGCCACUAAUUUAUUUCGUAACUUUUAUUUUAAGUGUGCACUUCAGAGACUCAUUAAAAAUCAAUACAUUUGGAUACUAGUGUAUCUAUUUGAUCUCAAAGCCAUCUCGGCAGCUAAUAUAGCACCAGUUUCACCGCCAAGCUCAAGCAAAGCAGAUUUCUCAGCUCAAGUAGCAGAAGAAUCAUUUUCCAGUUUUCUCAAAACAGCCGAAGAACCAAUCGGCGUAAAAGGUGUACUCUUUCCAAUCAGCAACCAUUGCUCUGACAAUCGAUAAUGGGCUUCCACUAGAAUCAACAACAGCUGGGAAUUUAUCAAUCUCGCCAUCAUCAAUACAGGUGGUGUGGGUUUUGAAGAACUGUUGUUUUUGAUUCGAUACAAGGGUUUCUAGAAAGUUGACGACUUGGAAGAUUUGAAGGUAACGUUUUCAAAUCUGGGUUAGGGUUAGGUUUCGACCCAUUGUUACUUCUUCUUUCCAAAAUAUAAAUGGGGAAACAUCCAAGUGAUAGCGAUGAAGACGAAACAAUCUACUACCGUUACUCCUCCACCGGAACCCCUUCAUCCUCCACCUCAAACCCCCAAUCAAAACCCCAAAAAUCCGGCAGCGGAGGCUUAGCCCCAUCAAAAUCAACCGUCUACGUAUCCAACCUAGAUUACACAUUGACAAACUCCGACUUAUUCACAAUCUUCUCAACAUUCGGCAAAGUAGCCAAAGUUACAGUACUCAAAGACCGUAAUUCAAGACAGAGCCGGGGUGUUGCGUUUGUACUGUUCGUCUCUAAAGAAGAUGCAAAUAAAGCUGUGAAAGAGAUGCAAGGUAAAAUUCUGAAUAAGAGAAUUUUGAAUGUGAAGAUUGCUAGUGAUAACGGAAGAGCAGCAGAGUUUAUUAAGAAGAAGGUGUAUAAAGAUAAGAGUAAGUGUUAUGAGUGUGGCGAAGAUGGGCAUUUGAGUUAUGAAUGUCCUAAGAAUCAAUUGGGGAAUAGAGAGAGACCUGUGCCGAAAAGGGUGAGGGGUGGUGGCGGUGGUGGUGGUGGGAAUGGAUUUUUGAGAUUGGGUGGUGUUGGUGGUGGGGAGGAGGAGGAGGAAGAGGAUGGGGGGAAUGGUGGUGAGAGGUUUGAAGAUGAUAAUUGGGCAUCUGUUGUUGAUACUAGAGGUGUUGAGGAGAGAUUAAAGAAAGAGGAAAUGGGGUUAGUGGAGAAGAAAGCUAUGAGAGCAAAGAAAUCGAGUUAUUUUAGUGAUGAAAGUGGUGAUGAUGAUUAGUUCUGGUUGUGGGGGUUGCGAAUUGAAAGCAUUUAAAGCUGUUUCAGGGGUGUAGGCAUUGCCUGUAAGUAUUUGGCAGAGACUAGGCAGUUAUAUGUGCUGGUGAAUGGGCUCUCAUUUAGCAUUUCAGCAGUGUUUGCUUCAGGAAUGACUCUGGAGCAGUUAUUUCAGCCUGCCCUUCUAAGAAAUUACCUUUGUGCAUCAUCUCUAGAUUGGACUGCUUUUGCAUCUGUCAAGUGUUACUUUUGUGCAUAGCUUCGAAGAAACAAAAUUUCUGCUGAUAAGCUCUAAAAGGGGAUCUGGUUUAUGCAGAGGAGAUAAGAUUGCCAUUUGGUUAGGCCUCAUUUUUAGUGCAUUGGAGUCCCGUAAUCAGUCUUAUUAUUCUGUUGGAAAUUUUGUUAUUUGUAUUUGAGUGCGCCCAGGUUAUAAGGUUGCCCUGAGCGGAACUCCUAUUCUUUUACUUGUGCUUUUUAUCUUGUGGGUGUCUCUUGUAAAGUUUUCGGUUGUUGAUAUAUUGCUGAGCAAAAAACAACUCAGUACCAUAUAUGGCAAUUCAUCUAGAAAUUGCUUCAAGUAUUUUCAAUGUUCCAAUUGUUGU